GCAGACGGGCCGUGCGGCUCUGCGCGGGCACACGGGCACAGCGGGCUGCGGUCCGGCGCCAGCACGGGCAUCCCCGCGCCGAGACGCGGGACGUGACUCAGGGAACACACAAGCUUCUUCAUCAUGGGAGCUGUAGUAGCUGAUGAUGGUCCCUCAGGUGUUAAAGCCCCUGAUGGAGGCUGGGGCUGGGCUGUCCUUUUCGGCUGUUUUAUCAUCACAGGAUUCUCCUAUGCCUUUCCUAAGGCAGUUAGUGUCUUCUUUAAAGAACUUAUCCGGGAAUUUGGCAUUGGAUAUAGCGACACUGCAUGGAUUUCCUCCAUUCUGUUGGCCAUGCUUUACGGAACAGGUCCACUUUGUAGCGUAUGUGUCAAUCGCUUUGGUUGUCGCCCUGUCAUGCUGGUGGGUGGCCUUUUUGCUUCAAUGGGGAUGGUGAUAGCUUCCUUCUGCACAAGCAUCGUUCAGAUAUAUCUAACUGCAGGUGUGAUUACUGGUUUGGGUUUGGCACUAAACUUUCAGCCUUCACUCAUCAUGUUAAACCGUUACUUUGACAAACGCCGGCCCUUAGCCAAUGGGCUAUCUGCUGCUGGGAGUCCAGUGUUUCUUUGUGCUCUCUCACCAUUGGGGCAGAUAUUACAGCAUGAGUACGGUUGGAGAGGAGGAUUCCUUAUCCUGGGUGGGAUGCUGCUCAACUGCUGUGUAUGCGGAGCACUAAUGAGACCUUUGGAGCCACCCAAAAAGGCUGAAGCUACCAAAGAGCCAGCUGAGAAGAAAGUGAAGAAAAAACUUCUGGAUUUCAGUGUGUUUAAAGACAGUGGUUUUGUAAUCUAUACACUAGCAGCAUCUAUCAUGGUGCUUGGCCUCUUUGUUCCUCCAGUGUUUGUUGUGAGUUAUGCCAAGGAUUUAGGGUAUCAAGACACCAAAGCAGCUUUUCUUCUGACUAUUCUGGGAUUCAUUGAUAUCUUUGCUCGCCCAAUCUGUGGAAUGGUAGCUGGUCUUAAAUGGGUUAGACCACGCUGUGUGUACCUCUUCAGUUUUGCUAUGAUUUUUAAUGGUUUUACAGAUCUCAUGGGCUCUAUGUCUGUUGAUUAUGGUGGACUGGUGGUCUUUUGCAUUUUCUUUGGCAUUUCUUAUGGAAUGGUAGGUGCUCUUCAGUUUGAAGUUCUCAUGGCUAUCGUUGGUACGCAGAAGUUUUCCAGUGCUAUCGGUUUAGUGCUCCUGGCGGAAGCUAUGGCUGUUCUGAUUGGCCCACCAUCAGCAGGAAAACUCCUGGAUGCAACAGGGAGGUACAUGUUUGUUUUCAUUAUUGCUGGAAUUGAAGUUACCACCUCAGCCCUUGUAUUGGCCUUGGGGAAUUUCUUCUGCAUUAAGAAAAAAUCAGAAGAACCACAUACAAAAGAAGAAGCAGCAGAAAGAGAGGAAUUAAACAAAUGCGAAAACAAAACUCCUGAAGAUGCCAAAGUGGACUCUAUUGAAGUGGAGCAGUUUCUGAAAGAUGAGCGUGAAAAAAAUGGCGAAGUUGUAACUAACCCAGAAACAUGUGUAUGAGCAUAACAAGGAACUGAGAAGUGUUUAGAAAAGAAAUAUUUCCAAUGCUAUUUAUUUUAGAAACAGAAAUAGUUUAGGGCUGGGCCAUCUGCUUUAGUAACUUGGGGCUAGUCAGCUCAUCAGGUCUCUUUGGAAGCUGAUUAGCUGGACAACAUCUUACCGGAAAAAUAGCUUUAUUGGUAAAAGGUGGAACAUUGUGGUUAUGUAUUUUAUGUAAACUAAAAAAGCUUUUCUGAACACAAGUAGGCUCUUGCUAUGCAUCACCAGAAACUGCUCACUUGGAAGAUACGGGAAAAGCAUAUUUUCAGAAAAGUGGAAUUAUGUUUUCAGACAAUAUUGAUGAAAUUGCUGUGUUGUGUGGCAAAAUAUAAUUUCCCUACGUUCUCUGUGAAGGGAAAAGAGUUUGAGAUGGAUAAAAAUCUCAGGAACUUAAAGGUCUCCAUUAGGUUUUAGAAUUUCUUACCUUUUUAGAUUUUUUUUAAGAUAAUUGGCUCAGCCCUAAUUUAAUUUUGGUAAGAUCUGUAACUUUGAUUUAUGUAAAUGCAUUUCUGCCUAAACCUGUAACCUUUGCAAUAAUCACCUGGAAAUCCUGUUUUUGGAAAGGCACAUUACAGACAGUGUCCUCAGCAGAUCACACAAGUGGUAUUCUGAGAUAGUACUAAAAAAACCCCAAACAGCAGAAUGGAUCCUGACAGACCCUGAGGAAACAAAAUUAGUCCACAAUUCCAUGCACUGUUUUCAGUAAAAUUUCCCUAGAGCAUUGAAAAAUAUUACAAGUAACAUGGACAAGAUGAUCAGUAGAAUAGUCUGAAAAAGUGUCCAUUUUGCAUACAAAAGAAAUGAUGGUGCAAGUUUCCGGAUGACUUACAGAGUGGAUAGACUUUGGGAAGAGAGUGAACUACUUUGAAACAUGUUAGUCAUCCAUAAAAUGCAAUGUUAGCAUCAUGGAAAGGUUUUAAUAUGUUUAGUUUUGAGGUUUUUUUCUACCCCAUUUAUCCCACUUCCCUACCCCCCAGCUUAAUCUAUAGAAGUUCAAAGUGCCAUUCUUGCUGUUUGAGGAAACAUGAUAGAACUGUUGAUAAUUUUUAUGAUGGCAUGGUACUGAAUAGAAAAGGAAGGCAAAAGAAAGGCAUUGUAUUUUUUUUCCCACCCAAAACCACUCAAGAAAUGUAAUUUUUUAAAAUAUAAAAUCAUGCUACU